UUCUCCGUCUAACCGGCAUGGUUUUUGCAGUUUUUGCCUGUACACUUUCUUUUUGCUCGCUCGUUCGCUCGAUUUACACAACCGCCGUUCGGGUUUUCUGUGCAAAUUUUCGACGUGAAUUUCUUAACUGAAUAAUCAAAACUUAUCUAAAUAAUCACAAUGUCGGACGAAUCGUUUUAUGGUGUCACACUCACUGGCCAGGACAGCACGGUGUCAUGGGAUGUGCUCUCGAACGAUGAAGACUUCCCCCGCGGACAGAGGCUCAUUAUUAAACAGAUCCUUUUGGGCGCUGAAGCGAAAGAGGAGGAAUUCAAUGUUGUGGAGGUGUAUACAGUUAAGGACUCACUCAAAAUUCCCAUCGCCGUACUAAAGGCUGGUGAAACACGCGCCGUGAAUCCCGAUGUGGAAUUUUUCGAAACAUCUGUGACAUUCAAGUUGAUCAAGGGCAAUGGACCUGUUUACAUUAUGGGCCAGAAUAUUAAGGACGACGUUGUCGAUAUCGAGGACGAAGAGACCGACGAGGAGACUGGCGAGGAAGACGAAGAAGAGGCACAACCACAAAAGAAGAAGCAAAAAGUGGAAAAUAAUGCAGAUGGCAAAAAUGCUAAAAAUAAGAAGAAAUAAACAAGUUUUUAGCAGUCACAAAACAUAAAUCCUAUACAUUCUUCAAAUUUAUAUUUCACUAUAAGCUAAAAUGAUAACACAUAAUAGGGUUCAGUUAAAUGAAGUUAUUUUAGUUCCUCAGCUAGGUUUCAUUUUGUUUUGAUUAUUCUUUAUCAUUUUACUCAAAUUACCUCAGUGAUUCCUUUAUAUACAAUUAAUGCAAUUAGUUCUCCAAAACACUUGGUAGUUAUACAUAUGUAUAUGUAUGUCGGUUAGCCUGCGGUAAGAUCAGCCGUGACUUUUGCCAGAAUGUAAGAACUAAUUUUCCACUUAAUCUUGCUCAUUUUAAAUACUUAUCAACUACUAGUUUUAGGCAACGAUAUGACGUCUUAAAUGCGUAGAAAACCCACUAAAAAUUAGUUUUUACGCUGACUAUUAAGCAGCAUUUUGGCAGGGAUGCUUUCUAUAGGCACUGAGUAAUAACCAUUGAAAAUUAUUCCAUAUUCAAUUUAUUCAAUAUAAAACAUAUGUACGUAAAUUGAUUGCAACAGUAAGUAGAGACUAGCAUUCCGAAGUAUAAAUACGAACUAACUAAGCAUGCGUAUAAUAUCUGUAUUGUAUUUGUAUACAAUAUGCAUGCAUCAUACCUAUAUAAAAAGAAAAAUUGAGUUACGAAAAAGAAAAUACAUAUGUGCAGCAAAUUACAAUUUUGCAUACAUGGCAAACAAUUCUGUUACAUUAAUUAGGCCGUACAAUUUUUAUGGAAGCGCAAGCAGAAGUAGAAAUAAAAAAUUAUGAGAUCUAAAUAUUAAAAUCAACUUACAAAUAUUAACAUGCGCUAAAUGAAAUCAGAUUCUGCUGCAUGCAUUAUUGUAAUUUGUACAUACCUACCUAAGUGAUAGAUAAUUGUGGAGUAAUUAACAUGCAAUCAAAUUUGAAUGCGCAUUUCGAAAAGAAAAAACAACAAAAACAAAGCAAAACUAAAGAAAACAAAUAAAGUUUGUUUACUAUU